ACUAGCCGCGUGCAACUGUCUAAUGAGGAAUAGUAGGUGACGAGAGAAAGGGAGAGGAGAAAUUAGUUAGAGGUGGGAUAGAAGGGAGACAACGAGAGGUACCUGCUGCAGGAGUGAGAAGUUGCGAAAGGAAGAAGGAAGAGAAAAGGGAACAACUAUACAGACAUUUAGUUGCCAGGAGAGAGCGCCGUUGGUGUAAGUGGAAAGUGCCGAUGGAAUCGUGGUACGGUCGGGAGACAUCUACGAUCGAUAAAGGCUUCAACACGGAACCGUUUGCGAAAGAAAUCGUAAUUGAAAAUUCGUCUCUCGUGCACUAACUUCGCGCGCAUUUAGAUAAUAUUGACACGUGCCGAUAUCGUCCGAUCGAUCGUUUUAUCUUUUAAACGUUUUUGUUAGAAGCGAUUAAUAUCGGAUACGGAUUUUAAAACGCCAUGUACCAUAAUGACCAAUCAGCUGCUUGGUAAACCAUCGUGAGACCUCGAAUCUGUCCACAGACGAAUGACAACAAAAGAGACUGAUAGAAGUCGCGCGCGCGAGAGAAAGAGAGAGAGAAAGACAGAGUGCGUUUUUUCACGACUUCCCGGAGGAUUUCUGGUUUUUUCCGUUCUGUUACACGCCGCGAAUAACGUCGCCUUGGUAGUGGUGAAAGUGUCGAAGAAUAUGAAGAGAAGAAAUGUCGAGUGCGGUAAGCUUCGGAGGCCCUUGAAACGUAACAAGCUCACCGAGGGGAUUUACGGAAGUACUUUGCUUUAUCUGAAGUUCCUUCUACUAUGGGCCAUGGUGAUUUUAGCAGAUUUCAUUCUAGAAUUCCGCUUUGAAUUUUUAUGGCCUUUUUGGCUUCUCCUCCGAAGUGUUUACGAUUCUUUUAAAUACCAAGGCUUGGCCUUUUCUGUGUUUUUUAUUUGUAUUGCACUUACAUCAGAUAUGAUUUGCUUCUUUUUCAUCCCUGUGCAUUGGCUGUUUUUUGCUGCCAGCACUUAUGUUUGGGUGCAGUAUGUUUGGCACACAGAUAAAGGAGUGUGUUUACCAACUGUGAUGCUGUGGCUAUUAUUUCUGUAUAUAGAAGCAGCAGUUCGGUUAAGAGAUUUGCGGCAUAUGCCAUUUCAUUUGGAUCUCUGUCGGCCAUUUGCAGCACAUUGCAUUGGCUAUCCUGUAGUUACAUUAGGUUUCGGUUUUAAGAGUUAUGUUGGUUAUAGAAUGAGACAGAGAAAACAAAAAGAUGUUGCAAAGGAAAAUGAGUUCUACCUGCAGUUGUUACAGCAGGCUCUUCCUGUAGAACAGCAGACAACAAGUUUGCAGCAAAUUCAGUCACAAGCACAGCAUGUUAAUGCAUCAUUAGAGCAACAUACAAGAGCACAAUCGCAAAGAUUAAAUUCACAAUAUAAUCCAAGUCCUGAAAAAAGCAAAGGAAACAAUACUUGUGUUGAAGCAAAUGUACAAAAUGGUGGAUUGCAAAAUGGUACACAGUUUAUGUUACAGACACAAAGUACUACUAUGAAAAGUAAUCAUAGAAAAUCUUUAGACAAAGGUGAAAAACAAGAAGACCAACACAAUAAACAUACCAUAACAAAUGUAUCACAGUCUGAUAAAAGUGAUAAAAGAUUUAUACAUACAAAUGGGUCUACAGUAUCACACAAUGAUGUGCAGUUUAUUGAAAGAGUCGGAUCAGUGAAUGAUUUUGAUGUAAAUGAAAUUGACAAAGACAAGUCAGUUAAAGGUGGAGCUUGUGGUCAUACAAAUGUAAGAUCACAGUCUAAUGGAUCAGUAACAGGAAAGUGGAAUAAUGUAAAAGAAAAUAGAGAUGCAUCUUCGACUGUUAAUGUUCAACGUGAACGUAAUACUCGUAAAAUCAAAAGUGCCACUGAUACUACAACUGAGCAACAGAAGCAACAGGAUGAAUAUUGUCAAAGGUUACUGGUGUGUCGCAGGCUCGAGGCAGAUAUUAAACGCUUGAAGUCAGAUUUACAAUCAAGUCGACAAGUGGAACAAGAGUUACGAUCACAAAUUAAUACACUAAUAAAUGGGGAACGUCAGGCAAAAGGAGAUAUUCAACAGCUUCAGCAUGAUAAUGAUCAAUUACAAAGCAAAUUGCAUGGAUUGGUAACAGCUAGACAAUUAGAUAAACAAACAAUGUCGUCACUAGAAAAGCGGAUUGCAGAAGAACGAAAACAGCGCACUGCUUGUGAGGCAUCCUUAGUUUCAGAAAGACGGGCACGGAGAGCUGCAGAGGAGGCACGUUCUGCUAUCCCACCGCCUCCACCGCCACUUGUUAGACAAGAAUGUACAGAUACAUGUAAGAGUAAAAGAUUGCAAAUGGAGCAAGAUCUUAAAAAUCUUCGGCGAGAAGUUAAAACAAAAGAAGAACGAUGUAAUGCACUUGAAAAAGAUGCAACUCGUUGUAAAGAAAAUCAAAGAGAGUCCGAGAUUUUGCUUGGAGCACUGAACGAAUUACAAGAAAAAACUAGACAUUUGGAAAACAGUUUGAGUGCAGAAACUCGAAUAAAACUAGAUUUGUUUUCAGCACUUGGAGAAGCAAAACGUCAGUUAGAAAUCAGAGAAAGUUUAAUAAGAUCUCAAGAAAAAGAAAUUGAAAUGCUCAAAGCAAAAAUAGCUCAGGACUUAGCUGUGAUGCCACAAGAUACAUUUGGUUCUGCACCAACUUGUGCAACGUCCAAACUUCGAUUAAAUAGUGAAGUACGAGUAACAGGAACAAAAAUACGUACGAACGAAAGCAGUUGUCCAGGUUGUACUGUGUCAAAUUUGGAUCCAAAUGCAACAGCAUACACGCCUAAGAGCUCCUUGGUAGCAUCUACUGAAGCUUAAAAACACACUUUUCUUGUUACAUCAAAGCCUACCAAUAGUAGGAUAAAAGCAUGUUUCUACUUUGUUUCUUCGUGGAAAUUUUUUUUUUUUUUGAGUUUCUCAUAAUAGUAAAUAUUAUAUAUCAAAUGUAUUCACAGUAAUACAACAAGUGGUUGUAAAAUUAUGAGUACUCCAUAUUCUAUAAACUUUUUUGUUAAACUUUUUGUAAUGCAAAUAUUUGUAUUUUUUUUUUUUUUGUUUUUUUGGUAAUAGUUUAGUUACAAAAGAAUUUGUUAAAUUUCGCAAGUAGAAAUUUUUUUUAUGCCUUCCAUAAGAAGCUUCAGAAACAUGUUUUAUAUCAUAUUAUCAUCAAGAAAAAUGUGGCGUUAUUUACAUUACUAAUGAUCAUAGGGCAUAACGAAUACUGGAUAUAUGAAUGUUGAAAAUCCAGUGAUAUCUUAACAUGUAACUCUUAUGCUGUAGAUUGAUCUUGCAAAUAUCAUGGCUUGAAUUGUUUAUUAAUUAUAAUAAUUAUUGAAAUGUUUAUACAUAAUAUAUUAAAUCGUGAUAUGGAAAGAUGGAAUUAGAACUAAUAUUUCAAGAAUCUUUAAUUAUUAUAAAAAUUACAACAUCAAUGCUUACUGAGAAGUUUUUAUUUUAAUUUUUUCUAAUAAAUUAACUUUCAAAUAAAGAUGAUUUUUCAUCAUGAUGUUGAAACUAAAUUUUUUUAUAGAAUUAUGAACGUUGAUAUUAAAUAUUUAUAAGAAAUUAAAUUAAUAAAUUUUUAUAGGUUUAAUACAGGUUUAGAAUGUAUACUAUAAAUGUAUAUUGAAUAUAUUGUAAAAAGAUAUUUCUUAGGAUAAUUUAAAUUUUUAAAUCUUUAUUGAAAUGUAACAGUUACAAGUUUGGUGUCUGCAAGCAAUCUUUCUACAACAUAUGCCUAUGACGACUUGUUGGUGACAUAAAUUCAUAUGCAAGUCGUAUUCCGAAGCUAGUCCACUAUACAAACUGUAUUUAAUGUCAUCGGCGAAUGAAGCCAUUUUAAGUUAUGUGAUCAUCAUUUGAAGAGUGCCCAUUAACAUGCAAGAAGAAAGGUUUAUUAUGUAUCAUCAAAGUAAACGACAAGAGGCAUCAAAUUCACUUUAGGUAACCUUGUCUGUUUCGAUACUCAUUUUUGUAAGUUUUAUGUAAUUUUUCAAUAUCUUUAUUUUUAGUUAAAUUUUUUACGUAUUGGCUUUCAAACGGUACAAAGUAGGUGUAUUUUAUAAUAGGUCAACAAAAGGUAUAAAAAUAACGAUGUAAUAACAGUAGACACUUAUAAAAAUUUUAAAUUAAGAUUAAAUAAUGAUUUGUAACUUAAAAAAAAAAUGAAAUUGCUCUCUGCUAAUCUUUUUACAUUUUGUGAGUUAUUGAGACAUUGUUUAUGUAAUGCCACUUUAAAUUAAAAUUUAUAUAUGAAUUUAUUACAUGUAAAAAAGUAGAUAAGUAAUUGGAGUUAAUCUGACCUACUUAUUUUUGUAUAUUUUUCUUUUCUCUUUUUUUUUUCAUAUCGCUCAGCAAUAAUGACCCAAUUACUGAGACUGUCUUAAGAACUGUCUUAAGGAUCGGAAUAAUAGAUAAAUAAUCCUUUUAUAUUGUCCAAUGUAGUUUUGAGGUAAACAAGCAAAAUCUUUCAUAUCUCCUUACAAAUAUCUCAAGCUACUGAAUUAGAUGUAAAGGUAGAUGGUACAUAAUAUUAAUGUGAUAUAUGUUAUUCUUUGCGCAAUUAUUGUAUCACAUUAGUGUGUGAUUCAUCAACAAUGUUAAAGGAAUAUACUAGUUUAUUCCUUUUUUUUUUGCAAAAUGGUGCUCCAAAAAAAUUAUAUUGUAUUCUUACUAUUAGGUUUUACGCUUUUGGUUUCCACUAUGCACUAUAUAAUUUAUUAAAGUGUAUAUCUAUAUUCUAAGAGAAUUAUAAAUGUGAUGGCAUUACGUAUGUGAUAAUAUCAGUAGUUAUAAAUUUCAUUUCAUUCAAUAUUUCCUACCCGCGAGAAAGCCAGUACUUAUAUUAUUAUUUAAACAAAUCAAAUCAUUAAACAUCAUGAGACCAUUUUUCCAUAAUUGUAUAUACGAACCACUGUCAUGGCAAUGAACUCGUUAACACUUGUGUAGUGGAUCAUGACCAACUAGUCAGACAAAAGAUAUUUUACAAGCACAAAUAUUACAAAUACCUAAUAUUUGUUAAAGUUUGUCUCAUGCAAAAAAGUAACAUAAGCCAUUAAUUCUUUUCUGUUGUACUUUAUUCAUUAUAUAUUUGAAUAAUAAGUUACCAGUGGUCUUUAUUUCCUGGACGAUCCAGUUAAUGGAUUAUGAAACAAAUUUCAUAUUAAUGCACAAUCUGUAAUAAAGUUUCAACUUUUUGGAACUAAUUUUUUGAAUUUUUUGAUCUUAAGUUUUCUAAAGAUUAUAUAAACGCUUUCCAAAGUUUAAUGGUUUGUAAUAAUAUUUUUACAUUCUGAUAUUAUUGCAACAGCUAUUAUGAAAGUAUAUAGACCUGAACCCAAUGUGAUUAAAAAAGAAAUUACAUUUUACUUUUUUUUAUUAUACGUUCUAUUGUUUUUGUUUUCUAGUAGAAUAUGUCGAGUGUUAAAGAAAUUACACCUACCUUGCUCUUAUGAACUAUUACAGACUUCCAUCUUCACAUUUAUGUGUAAAUACGUAAUUGGAUAAUGUGAUGAAAAAAAUGUAUAUACUUAAUUGAUAAAGGAAGUUCUGGUAUAUUUAGAGCAAAUUAUUGAAGCUAUAGGGCAUUUGCGUGUCUUGGUCAAAUUGUUACGCAAGGUUGUAAGUUUAACUUAUUAUGGCAAUGAAGUCUUUUUUCUUCUUUUUCUCUCCUACUAUGCGUGCAAAUAAGUUAUAAAUUGAUAUAUACAUAUCUAAUGUUAUAAUUAUAUAAUGGAAUGGAUAUUUAUUUUUUAGAUGAAUUACAAUUUCAUAUGCAAUGUACCUGAUAAAGGGUGUACUGCAAUAUCUUUGGUUAAUAUAUUUAUCCUUCAUUUCAUUUUGACUGAAGGUUGGCACAGAAUCAUUAUUUGUACUAUUUAUAUGAGCAAUAUCCUUAAUAUUGAAUUGUUGUGAUAUAUGUAUAUGCAAAAGAAAGACAAAUUUUAAAGUAUGUUGUACACAUCAUUUUUUGUGCAUAUACGCAUGUUAGCAUAAGUAAUAUGAUAAUAUUUCUACUUAUCAUUAAAAAACAAAUAAUUAACUAAUUAGUUAAUUGAUGAGGAUAGUAGGGGUAAUUUUUGUAUUUGACUGAUGUACGAAUUUCAUAUACUAUGAAAUAAUUAGAAGCAUAAGUACUUAACAUUAUCUUCUGCAAUUUAAUAUUCUGUUCUUCUUUGGAGAUGAAAGAACGAGAUGAGCACAAAUUUAGAUAUCUGUAUUUACAUCUCUUCCCGAGUAUUAUGUAUAUCUUGCAAAAUUGUAAAGCCAUAUGAUACAAUAUUUCGUUAAUAAGGACAAUAAAGUGCUUCUGUUCUAUAAGACUUUCAAGAAAUUUUAUUGGAGUUCAAGAUUAACAUGAAAAAUAAUUAAUUUAUAAAUCUAAUAUUUUAAAUGCUUCCAAUAUUUCACUAUGUACUUACUCAUACUUUUAUUUAGCAUUAAGUUAGCGUGAACAUAAGCACUAUGUAUUUGGUACAAAACAAUAACUGAUCUCACCAUAUAAUUAGCAUGCACGCAAAUGCCCUUUACAAAGAAUUUGACGUCAAUGUAUUUAUUAACAUUUAUUAAAAAAUCGUAUUAAUAUUUUUGGGUUGAAAAUCAUACAAAUAUGUUAUAUUUGACUUUGUUUUCAUGGUGAAAAUCAAAUAUGUACUUUUCCCAUUUUUUAAUAUACAAAAAUAUCUGUUA